ACGGGCGUCCUCCCCCGGCUUUCUGCCCUCGCCGCUGGCCACCAGCGACACCUCCGAGCGCCCCGCUCCUCCCGGCUCCGGCCGCGGCUUUGUGUGCGCGGCAUCAGCCGCCACCUGGGGCGGGCGCGGCGGCGGCGCUGGUGUCGGAGGUGCCGGUGCCAGGGGCGCCGGUGUCGGAGGUGCCGGUGCCGCGGUUGGCUGUGCCGGCGGUGACGGGGGUGACUGUGCCGGCGAUGACGGCGCGGCCCCGCACGAUGCCGCUCCGCGGGCUCCUGCCCCUUUGUCUGCUCUGCCUCCAGGCUGCGCUACCGCUCCGCGGCCACCGCGGCCGCUACGCCGGUGAUAAAGUCAUACGAGUUGUUCCUGAGAGCGAGAGGGAAACACAGAUCCUGAGGGCUGCAUUCAACAGGCUUAAGGUGGACUUGUGGCAGCCCAGCAGCCCCUUCCACAUCGUCGAAGGCGCCGUCGCUGACGUGCGAGUCCCGCAGAACGCGACGCGGAGCCUGCUGCCCUUCCUCCAGCAAGCAAACAUCCCGUACACGAUUCUCAUAUCAGACCUACAGCAAGCAAUAGAAAACCAAACUGCAGGGAGGUCCCAUAGGAGUCGAAGGUCCCUCCCUGGGUAUAACUAUGAAGUCUACCACUCCCUGGAAGAGAUUGAGGACUGGAUGCAUUAUCUGAAUAGAACUUAUUCAGAUCUUGUUCAGAUGUUCUCUGUUGGAAAAUCCUAUGAAGGGAGACCACUGUAUGUACUCAAGAUAGGUAAAAGAUCACGGCCCUACAAGAAAGCUGUCUGGAUAGACUGUGGGAUUCAUGCAAGAGAGUGGAUUGGCCCAGCCUUUUGCCAGUGGUUUGUGAAAGAAGCUCUUCAGACAUACCAGACUGAUCCUGACAUGAAAAAGAUGCUAACUCAGCUGUAUUUCUAUAUCAUGCCUGUAUUUAAUGUGGAUGGAUAUCAUUUCAGCUGGACAAAUGAUCGAUUUUGGAGAAAAACAAGAUCAAAGAACAUGAGGUUUCACUGCCAUGGUGUUGAUGCUAAUCGCAACUGGAAAGUGAAAUGGUGUGAUGAAGGAGCUUCACUGCACCCAUGUGAUGACACUUACUGUGGUCCUUUCCCCGAGUCUGAGCCUGAAGUCAAGGCUGUUGCUCACUUUCUCCGCAAACACCGGAAACAAAUAAAAGCCUAUUUGUCCUUCCAUGCCUAUGCACAGAUGCUGCUGUACCCUUACUCCUACAAAUAUGCAACCAUUCCAAACUUCAACUGUGUGGAAUCAGCAGCCUAUAAUGCUGUUAAUGCUCUCCAGUCAGCCUAUGGUGUAAGAUACAGAUAUGGCCCUGCAUCCAGCACUUUGUAUGUGAGUUCUGGCAGCUCUAUGGACUGGGCUUACAAAAAUGGCAUCCCAUAUGCAUUUGCAUUCGAGCUGCGUGACACUGGCCAUUUCGGAUUUUUGCUUCCUGAAAUGCUGAUCAAACCAACCUGCACAGAGACCAUGCUUGCAGUUAAAAAUAUAACUCUUCACUUGCUGAAGAAAUGUCAUUGAGAUGGAUUUCUAGGAGCUGGAAGUAAACAUUUUACUCCUAGUGUUGUUGCCUUUCAGUGUGUUCAGUUGCCAUUCUAAGUUUGGCCACUUCAGAAUUCCAGAAGCUAAUGGGAAGGAAAUGUGAUAUUGUUUCUGCCAAAUUAACUUAGAGGAAAAUGGAAAAAAAAAAAUCAUUCAAUAUCUGCUCUUUUAAAGUCCAUAAAGCUGAUAUACUAACUUAGUUACCAGUUUGGCGCAGAACAUUUUUGCAAUAAAACCUUUAUUCUGCAAUUUCAGUGAGGCCAGUUCUAAAAUAAAGUGCCACUGCCAGGCAGUUCCAGGCCUUACGCCUUUCCCUAAUAUGAAGACCUCUCAGGGGGUCUCUCGAACCAAGGGACAAAGUUUACAUUCAUGUAAAUAUACCCUGUGACCCAGCACAGGCCUGUAUCUACAGCAAUAAAUGCCUUAUAGUGGUAGCUGGCUGCACUGCAAGUGGCAGUGUGGCUUCCUUCUGCGUGUAUACAUACAUACAUACAUACAUACAUAUAUAUAUGCACUUUUGUGAUUUUUUGAAUUCAUAUUAUGCAAUAAUUUGAACCAAGGCUUCUUUUAACUGUUCAGAGAAAUCUACUUUCAAAUGUAUAUAAUUGGUGUGGACUCAAAAUCAACAUACUGUCAUUGAAAAUGUAACUUUCCUAGUGAUGUGUAAGAAUUAUAAUACUAUUGAGCUAGACAAUGUUCUGCUUUAUGAAGAGACAAAGCAACUUGCCAUGACUUGGAUCUCUGCUGCAGAUAGUGACUGCCUAUUUCCACCAGCCAAGGAUUUAGCCUUAAACUGUAAUUAACUGAUGUUUUAUUUAUCAAUAUUCUUGCAGUGAGUUCUGUGGCUCUUUGGCUAUGUGGCUCUUCUUCCUGGAAGCUGUAUUGUUUUGCAUGUUUUAAAGGAAUUAAUAAAUUUUUAAUGGAUUCUUAAGUGACACAGAGGUGAAGGUAGAAGCCUUACAGAUGAAAUAAAGUGAAUAAGCACCAUGCUGAAAGAAUAAUGAAAGUACA